GAGACACAAUAUUGAGACACUUAGCGACAUGGCGACGCAGAAGAAGCGCCGUCGUGUGACGCCCACGCCGGUGGUGGCCGAGCCGGCGCCAACGCCGGAAGCGGCGGCGCCGGAAGGGGUGCCGCCAGAAGCGGCGCCGCAAGCGUCGCUUCCGUCGCAAGAGGCGCUGCGGGGACCGUUGGCGGAAGCCAAGCGGGCCGUGGAAGGGUUGCAGCCGCUCAAGGUGGUCGCUGCUUCGGGGUAUCUGGCGGCACUUUUGCGAGAUGCGCGGAUCCUGGUCUUUGAUCAUGCGGAGCUUCUGUACGAGACCAGCAUCGCGCACUUUUGCGAGCCCGCGGACCUGCUCUCCGUGCACCUCAGGGACACGGGAGAGCCUGUCGUGGCGGCUGCGGGCCAGGUCUUCUUCUACCAGCGGAAGGUGGGUGAAUGGCUCACCUACGAGGGCGCAAAGACGCCCAUCAGCCGAGAGGGGGAUUUGCUGCUGGCGUCCCUGCCGGGGAUGGAGGAGUUCCGCCACGUCUUCGAGGACUUUGCGAGCAGCGCGGACGCUGACCCCCAGCAGUUCAGGGGCUGGUGCGCCAGGAAAACGGACUUGAAGUCCUUGGUUGAGCUGCCCAGCUUGUCCCCGUCUCUGGCAGAUGUGAGGGAUGAGCUGGCAGGGGACUACGCCUAUUUACAGCAGCUCUAA